UCCGCGGUGACGACAAUCCUGAAACGUGCUCCCGCCCACCGAGCGGAUCAAGUUUGAAUGAACAACAGCAGCCUGCUCUGGAGGUGGUAGUUGCAUUUGCAGUAAUUAUUAAAAGUGUGUAUCCUUGUCACCAGCGCGGAGUAUCAGGAUGGACAUGAAGAAAAGAAUUCACCUAGAGCUGCGGAACCGCACUCCGUCAGAUGCCAAAGAACUUGUGCUAGACAACUGUCGCUCAAACGAAGGCAAGAUCGAGGGCCUGACAGAUGAAUUCGAGGAGCUGGAGUUUCUAAGCACAAUCAACGUUGGCCUGACGACAGUUGCCCACUUGCCAAAGCUAAAGAAACUCAAAAAGCUUGAACUCAGCGAUAACAGGAUCUCGGGAGGGUUGGAAGUUCUGGCAGAAAAGUGUCCAAACCUCACACAUCUCAACCUCAGUGGCAACAAAAUUAAAGACCUCAGCACAAUAGAACCAUUGAAAGAACUGGCGGCCCUGAAAAGCCUAGAUCUGUUUAACUGUGAAGUGACAAACCUGAACGAGUACAGAGACAACGUCUUCAAGCUCCUACCACAGCUCACGUACUUGGACGGGUACGACAAAGACGACAAAGAGGCUCCAGAUUCUGAUGGAGAGGUUUACGCCGAGGGCUUGGAUGAUGAAGACGAAGAUGAAGAUGAUGUGGACGAGGAGGAGUAUGACGAAGAUGCUCCACCUGGAGAUGAGGAGGAAGACGAGGGAGAGGAAGACGAAGAGGAGAAUGAGGAAGAGGAGGAUGAUGAUCUGAGUGGAGAGGAGGAGGAAGAGGAAGACUUGAAUGAUAAAGACGUUGAUGAUGAAGAAGAUGAAGAAGAAGAGCGAGGUCAGAAGAGAAAACGGGAACUGGAUGAAGAGGGAGAGGAGGAUGAAGAUGAUUGAGAACCUUAUGUAAGCUGUGUUGUGACCUGUUUUAAACGUGUAUCUCCCACUCACUUCCCCACAUAUCUUUUUCCCUCCCGACUUCAUGUUGCAGUAGGAGUGAUCUUUUGUUAUUGGCCAGUCAAACUCAAGGGGUUAAUAUAUAAUCCUGUGUUUUUUUUUAUGCUCCUAUCUUCCACCUUCUACCUGCGUGGUGGACACCUGUUUGUAAUAUCAAAUAAUAGCAGGAGAAUAGUUUUUGUUUGAUUUGUCACUCUUUGUGUAAACCGGUUUCAGAUGAUUUAUGUAUUUUAAGACCUCCCCUCUUCAAAAAACAAAAUCUAACAGAAAAAAGCGUGCAUGUCUUACAUUUUAAAGUCAACUACUGGAUUUCAUGUACGGCUGUCCUCCCUUUGUCUUAAAUUAAUUGUUUUUCGUUUUUAUUUAGUGUAAGUUAUGUAUUUGUAGCGUCAACAUUAUUACAGUACUCUGCUGUCCUGGUGUGAAGCUCUUGUCUGAACGUGCACAGUGUGACCCUUCGUAGGGCUUUCUCUUUUUUUUUUUGUCCUUUUUGGAUUUAUGGCAAAAACAUGUCUGCCUUUGUCAAAGCCGCAGCCCCUCCUUAAACCCUCAGCUUUGAUAGUUCGGAAAUUACGUGUUCUUGUAAAUAAUGACCAAAUCUAUUUUUUUGUAUUCUCUUUGAUGACGGCAGACAUUGAAACAGACGACUGAGGUCAAACUGAAUUGUAAUAAGAUAUUAAAUAUGUAUGCUGCUUUAUCUAAAACAACGCAGUGUGAAAUUUCUUGAAUUUGAACUUUGUAUGCAUUAACUUUCCAUGAAGAGAAAACGUUGACCAUCGGAACACUUUAUUGUUUUUCUCACGUUGUUUUCAGGAGGUGGUGAUGUUUGAACCGGUGGUGGUGAAACGGGGUACCUUACAACAGAAACUUCAGCUCAGUGAAAAUGUUUCAAAGUGUAAACUCUGGAGAUCAGUCUGUUAUUUGGCCUUUGUUUUCUUCAACAUAAGCGAUGGUCAAAUUGGCCUGUACCUCAGUGAUUUUUCACUUUGGUAAAUCUACUGUCAUCAACCAAACUUUUUCUUUUUUUCUCCCAUUCACUUCAAUAAAUCCCUUUUUUAAAUACA